AUGGGCAGGUUUGUUGCGGAUGAGAUUUCAGAGUUGGCUAAUAGGCCUGUGAAUAGAGAUAUUGACAUUGAGGAUAACGAUGUAGGUGUAUUCGAACACCAAGAAAACGGCUCAAGUGACGAUAACGUCUCUGAUCUCGAGGAUAAGGAAGCGGAGAAUGCACAUUAUACAUCGGUUGAGAAAUCUAGGCUAAGAGACGAUGGAAUUGCUUUGAAGGAUGCCAAGUACAGUGGUGCAGUGGGGUCUCGAGAAGACUUAUACGCGGAUGAGGAAGAAUCACAGGACCAAGGUGAGGGUGCAAGUGAGAGUGAGAGUGAGAGUGAGAGUGAGAGUGAGAGUGAGAGUGAGAGUGAUGCGGUGUCUUUGAAAACUGAUUCUGAAGAUGAAUUGCUAAGCGAGAGCGAGGAGGAGAGUGGAGCUAGUGAAACGGAGGAUGCGCAGUAUAAGAGAGAGCGUUUGGCGAAACUGAUACAACAGGAAACAAAUAGCGCAGUUAAAAAACUGUCAGAGACUACCCAAAGGGAUGCUGCGAAGGGUCUUUGUAUCCUAGAGCAGGGGAAACUAUUCGAAAACAUCAUCGACGUCAGAAUAAAAUUGCAAAAAGCUGUUAAUUCUGCUAAUGUUCUGCCCUUGACCAAAGAAUCGUGGAAACAGUGUGAAGAAGCUAAUAUUGCCAAAUUAACGAAAAAGACUCAGCAAUUGCUCGAGAAAGUGCUGGGGCAAAUGAUCGACUUCAGAACGGAGUUUCAGAUAAAGGAUCAUAUUUCUCAGGAGCCAGAAGCUUCCGAUAGGAAGGGCAAGAGAACUAUGGCAGAGCUCGAGAAAGAAACCGAUAGAUUGGAUGGCGAGUUGAAGAAGUACCGUUCAGCUGUUUUGAACAAAUGGUCUACAAAAGUUUCAUCAGCCUCUGGAAGCCAUGCACUAAACUCUACAAAAUUCAAGGCUAUAAACCAACCUUCAGACGUUCAGGUUGAGAAUCAACUAGCAGAUUCGGAAAGACUGCUAAAACGUACUUCUCUCAGCAGAAGAAAUAUCACCCCCGUACGAUUUCAAGAAGAUCUAUCAAGUGGCAGAUUGCCGCUUCUCAAUGCAGAAACCCCGGAUGAUAUUGUUGAAGAUGACAUAGACGUUCCUGCCAAUUACGAUCCGAGAAAGAAAGACAAUAGCGCUCUAGAUACAGCUGAGAAUCCAUAUAUAUUUGACGAUGAGGAUUUCUACAGAGUACUGCUAAACGAUCUGGUCGACAAGAAGAUACUAGAUGCAAAGAAUUCUAAUGGAGCCACGGCCAAUAUCGCCAUCACAUCACGCUCCAACAACAAACUCAAAAAGAAUGUCGAUACAAAGGCCUCCAAGGGUAGAAAGUUGAAUUACACAGUUCAAGAACCAAUCGCCAACUUCGAGGCACCAAGAGAUUUGGGUUACAAAUGGUCGGACGAACAAAUUGAUGAAUUUUUCGCUGGUCUAUUAGGUCAAAGAGUUGAUUUCAACGAAAACGAAAACGAUACAGAAGAGAACGGUAAUGCACCCGAGCUAGAAGCCAUCAAGAACGAUGAUAUUCAAAUUUUUGGUUAG